AAUACCAGUAUGCUGUAGCUACAAUGCCCCGUUCGAAUUGUGCAUAUAUAAUGUAUCCUUCGACUUUCUAUUUCAAUGCUGAAGCGUCUUUAACCAGUCCAAACGAAAGGUUUGGCAUAUUCAGUGUACUUUUAACAUGCCUCUAGCAGGUUCCAUUAGUAGCAUAGACUGGGAGCCUGGGUUCGAGACUAUGGCAGUCCAUGGUGGCCAAGAGCCCGAUCCUGGCAACGGCUCAAGAGCUGUGCCGAUUUUCCAAACAGCGAGUUAUGUUUUCGAGAACGCCGAAGACGGCGCGGCAAAGUGUUCAUGGAAUAAGGAUGGUUAUCUCUAUACUCGUCUAGGAAACCCUACAAAUAGUGUCUUUGAGAAAAGAAUGGCAAUGCUAGAGGGAGGCGUUGGUGCAAUAGCUACAGCAUCUGGACACUCCGCGCAGUUCAUGGCCUUGACGCAAUGCUGCGAGCCAGGCCAUAAUAUCGUCAGCACGAGUUGGUUAUACGGCGGCACGUUUAACCAGUUUCGUGUUUACCUGCCCAAAUUUAACAUCAAAGUCAAAUGGGUCCUAGGGAAUGAUCCUAUUGAUCUCGAUAAGGCUGUUGAUGAAGAUACAUGA